AUGGCAACCCUAUCCUUUGUUGCCUUCUCACUAUGCCUCCUCUUCUUCUCCUUAGCCCAAGGCCUCAGCAACAACCCCCAAUGUAGUGAGGCCAAGGACCAGGGCUCUAACCUCCAAGUCUUCCAUGUCUACAGCCCAUGCUCUCCUUUCAGACCCACCAAGCCAAUGUCAUGGGAGGAGAGUGUGCUCCAAAUGCAGGCCAAGGACCAGGCCAGGCUCCAGUUCUUGUCCAGCCUCGUGGCCCGGAAAUCGGUUGUUCCGAUUGCCUCCGGCAGGCAGAUCAUUCAGAGCCCUACGUACAUUGUGAGGGCCAAGAUUGGCACCCCACCUCAGACCUUUCUCUUGGCUGUCGAUACUAGCAAUGAUGCUGCUUGGGUCCCAUGUAACGGCUGCGUUGGCUGCGGUUCCAGUGUCUUUAAUUCUGCCAAAUCCACAACCUACAAGACCCUCGGUUGCCAAACUGCUCAGUGCAAGCAGGUACCCAACCCCACCUGCUUAGGCAGCACCUGCAGCUUCAACACCAGCUACGGCAGCUCCACCCUAGCCGCAAACCUCUCACAAGAAACCUUCACCCUAGCCACCGACGCCGUCCCCGGGUACACCUUUGGUUGCCUCCAGAAGACCACUGGCAGCUCUGUGCCGCCGCAGGGUCUUCUGGGCCUGGGCCGGGGCCCAUUGUCCCUUCUAUCUCAGACUCAAAACCUCUACCAAUCUACAUUCUCAUACUGCCUACCUAGCUUCAAGUCCCUAAACUUUUCUGGGUCAUUGAGGCUUGGACCUGUUGGGCAACCCAAGAGGAUCAAGUACACCCCACUGCUCAAGAACCCUAGAAGAUCAUCACUCUACUAUGUGAACUUAAAUGCAAUUAGGGUUGGUAGGAGGAUUGUGGAUAUCCCUCCUGCUGCCUUGGCUUUCAAUCCUACCACCGGUGCAGGGACGAUCAUUGAUUCAGGAACCGUAUUCACCCGGCUAGUGGAACCGGCCUACGUGGCAGUACGGAACGAGUUCCGCAGGCGGGUCGGUAUAUACCCGUUUCAAACCCUAGGUGGGUUCGACACCUGCUACUCAGUGCCCUUUGUCGUACCCACCAUAACGUUCAUGUUCUCAGGCAUGAACGUUACACUGCCUGAAGACAACAUUGUAAUCCACAGCACAGCUGGGAGCAUCACAUGUCUAGCCAUGGCAGCGGCACCGAACAACGUGAACUCUGUGCUCAAUGUGAUUGCCAAUAUGCAGCAGCAGAACCACAGGGUGCUCAUUGAUGUGCCCAAUUCAAGGCUUGGGGUGGCCCGUGAGCGCUGCACUUAA